AUGGAUCCUCACAAACCGUAUACGCCAUAUGAUAUGUACAGUGGCCCACCUUCGAGAAACAAUAUGCCAGCCAUGUCUUCCUCAAUGCCACCUUACAAUGGCCAUGUCGCCGGCCCAUCAGCAAGACGAGGCAAUGGCAAUUACAGCGGGAACUUUGGACGUGGAGGAUAUUCAAGCCAUGGGGGAAUGUCGAGAGGAGGAGGAGGAAAGAGAGGUGGAAUGGCAUCUAGAGGAGGGCAUCAUCGUGGUCCCAAGCCUUCACUUGAUCAGAACAACUUCUUGAGCUAUUCUUCUUCUUCUUCAACACCCUACCACCAAGGAGGUUUCCAACACCAACAUCAUCAGCAGCAACAACAGCCUAUUGUUCCCUUUCACCAAAGAGCAAAUGAAUAUAAUAUGGAUGGUGGUGGAAUGUCCUAUCCGGGUCCCACUGUGCCUGAUACUACUUCAUAUUAUCAUGCUUCAACAACACCAUCACGUACUGCUACAACUACUAGGAAAGAGAAUUUUCACUGGGAUGCGAAACGCAACGAAGAUGCGGAUCGCGUUACACAACAGAUUGAGCAAAGAGCGGCGCGUGAGCGACCUUGCAGAACUUUGUUUGUGAGAAAUGUUCAGUAUGAAGCUAGACAAAGCGAUGUUAUGAAUAUGUUUUCACAUUUUGGCGAGAUCAAGGAUAUAUUCGAUCUCAUUGAGCAGCGUGGCAUGGUCUUUGUUACAUUCUACGAUUUACGUGCAGCUGAGCAUGCAAAGCAGCAAACUCAAGGAGCAGAAUUGUGUGGUCGAAAGAUUGAUGUUCAUUAUUCGUUACCAAAGGAAGAGGAUCAGAAUACUAAAUGUGGGAGAUCAAGUAAUCAGGGUACAUUGUUGUUCACCCUUAACAACACAAAGGAAUGGCUUCAAGAUGACCUGCUACAUCCCUAUUUCUCUCAAUUUGGUCAAGUCAAGGUGAUAAGAAUACCUCAGUUUCGAAACCAGUCAUAUGGAAAACGACAACGCUUUGUUGAAUAUUACGAUUCUCGUGCAUGUAUAGCAGCUUACGAUGCAUGUCAAGGUCAACCUUAUGGAGAUGGCAUAUGGGAUGUAUCUUUCUUUUGGGAUCAUACAACGAAAGAUAAAAGCGAUAAGCCUGAUCAUAGGACGGAUUCCACGCGAUAUGGAGCCGAAAAGAAACGACGACUUAGUGAUGACGACUUCCAACGUGGUCGACGGCGACGUCGCAAUGGCCCACAGCCACCUGCUCCACGUGAUCCACGCAUCAACCACCAACAUCGAGAUACAUCAUCACCUUCAUCGAAUAAACGACCUGCUUAUGGCGACAUACAACUUCAAUCGAAUGAAUACAAUGAAGAAAGGGAUCGGAUGGAGAAGGCCCAAAAAGCUCAAGAGCUGCUUACCAAGAUCACUCAAACACCGGUUACGGCAUCACCUCCUUCAAGUUUACCUCCACAAUCACAGCCAACAAUGUUUAAUCCGCAGUCUACUACUCCAUCACAGCAACAGCAGCAUCUUGCUUAUUCCAUGCCAACAAGUAUUUCAGCUCCAGCUCCAAUCUCGCAACCUGCAACAGCACAAACAGCAUCAGCUACACCAGAUCAACAAGCACAAUUACGAGAGCUAUUAGAUCUAUUGAUGGUAGCCCAGCAACAACAACAACAAAUGCAGCAGCAGCAACAACAAGCAACACAGCCUACAAUUCCCGUUGUACCUGCUGUACCUGCUACAACUACUACACAACAAGCACAACACCAACCUCAAGCAGUUCCAACCGACCCAAAUGCUGCUCUCGCACAGCUUGCACAGGUUUUGCAAAGUCAACAACAACAACAACAACAAGGCACGCUUACAUCUCAACCCACAGCACCUUCUUAUGGCGGCGGUGGUGGAUAUACUCAAUACCAGCAACCUGGUCCAGGUCAAUAG